AGAAAUCCAUCAGAACCCGCACGCUUGGGUCCUCCCACAUAUAAAAACACAAGGGUAUUUCUCUGUUUCCCAGACGCACUCAAAGACUGAGGCAGCAAUCACCAAAGACAACGUUUUCUGAUUGAUUGAUCAUUAAGUCUGUUAAAGAUGACAUCUUUGGAGGGUUUUGAGCCCAUAGCUAUUUCCCCACAGAAACAAGACCCAGGAUGGAAACACUGUCAACUUUACAUUAAAACUGGGGACCCAAAAGUUGAGUUAAAGAAGUGUUUAUAUUGUGGCAAAGUGUUUCAGGGUGGAGGGAUUAAUAGGUUUAAAUCUCACCUUGCUGGUAGAAAAGGAAAUGGUCCCAUUUGUGAUCAGGUCCCUCCUCAUGUUCGAGUUUCCAUGUUGCAGUGCUUAGAUGAAAAAAUUGCAUCUUUAAGGCACAGAAAGAGUCAAAUGGCUGUGAACCCGAGUCGUAGUUUUAGUGAACUAGACAAUGUGUUUGCUGAAAAUGAAGUUGGAGGGCCCAAUUUGAUGAAUCAAGAGGAAGAUGUGGGAAUGAGUGUUGAUAAUGGGAUUGGGGUUGGUGAUAAUCUGACUGAUGUGCCUCUUGAGAUUGAUGAUUGUUUUAGGAGUGAUGGUCUAGAGGGAUUGACUACUGUGCCUCUUGCAGCAGUUGACUCGUAUAAGGGUAAUGCUCUAGGGAGAAAAGCUGGAGUACCGAAUCACAGUUUUUCAGAAAAUCGAGAGGUGGGUGUUGAUAGACGAGUAGGGUGGAGAUGCGGAACUUCUUUUGUAGCUACUACUGCUGGUUUCGGUUCUGGUUCUGCUAAUGCUACUAAAUUGAGUUAUGUCCCAGCUCCUAUUCGUAGUGAGGUAGACAAGCCAUUUUACGAAAACACGCAAGGAAGAUCAGUUAGUCAUCCCAAUUCAUAUUUGUUUGAAAAUGAAACAGAUGUUGGCACAAGUAAUACAAAUGGGAAGAACAGGAAGAGGGUAAGAGAUGAAAAUGGAUCAAUGGUUGCUAAUGCUGUCACUAUUGGCAAUUAUGGUGAAGUUGAAAAGGUGAACAGUCAGCAGAUUCAUAUGGCAAUAGGACGGUUCCUAUAUGAAAUUCAGGCUCCUCUGGGUGCCGUGAAGAACUCUGUUUAUUUUCAGCCAAUGAUUGAUGCAAUUGCUUCUGGGGGAAUGGAGAGUAAACCACCCUCGUAUCAUGAUCUUCGGGGUUGGAUAUUAAAUAAUGUGGUUGAAGAAGUAAGGAAUGAUAUUCAUCAGCACAUGAAUACUUGGGAAAGGAAUGGUUGCUCUCUUCUAGUAAACCAAUUGAACUCCGAAAAGGGUAGAAUAUUGCUAAAUUUCUCAGUGUACAGUCCCGAAGGAACAACAUAUUUGAAAUCUGUGGAUGCUUCCUCAUUUAUAAAUUCUCCAGAUGCUUUGUAUGAGAUUCUUAAGCAAGUGUUGGAAGAAGUUGGAGUUGGGCGUGUUUUGCAAGUAAUUACAAAUAGUGAAGAGCACUAUGUUGUUGCUGGGAAGAGGUUGAUGGAUACGUUUCCUACGCUGUACUGGUCUCCCUGUGCUGCUGCUUGCAUAAAUCUGAUACUUGAGGAUUUUGGAAAAGUUGAGUGGAUAAAAUCUAUUAUAGAACAGGCUAGAUCUGUUACAAGAUUUAUCUAUAAACACGUCGUCAUUCUGAAUAUGAUGCGGAGGUAUACUUUUGGAAAUGACAUUGUGAAGGUGGGAGUAACUCGGUUUGCUACAGACUUUAUGACUUUGAAACAAAUGGCUGACCUUAAAUUCAAUUUGCAGACUAUGGUUACUUCGAAAGAAUGGGAAGGGUGCCCUUAUUCUCAAGCAUCAGAAGGAUCAGCAAUGCUGGAUGUAUUAAGUAAUCACACAUUUUGGUCUUCGUGCAUUAUGAUCACCCGAUUAACAAAUCCGCUCCUGCGAGUUUUGAGAAUUGUUGGUAGCCAGAAGAAGGCAGCAAUGGGAUAUGUAUUUGGAGGAAUGUAUCGAGCAAAAGAAACAAUCAAGAGAGAACUUGUCAAGAAAGAAGCAUAUAUGGCUUACUGGAAUAUUAUAGAUUACAGGUGGCAAAAAUUAUGGGAUCUUCCUCUUCAUGCUGCUGGUUUUUACCUUAAUCCCAAGUUUUUCUAUAGCAUCAAGGGAGAAAUGCACAAGGUGAUUAUGUCAAAAAUGCUUGACUGCAUAGUGAAAUUGGUUCCAGAUUUAAAAGUUCAAGACGAAAUUAGCAAAGAGAUAAACUGGUACAAAAAUGCUGUUGGAGAUCUGGGGAGGAAUUUGGCCAUUAGAGCUAGAGACACUCUGCUUCCCGCUGAAUGGUGGUCUACAUAUGGCUGUGGUUGCCCAAAUAUGGCACGUUUUGCAGUUCAUAUUCUCAGUCAAACUUGCAGCUUAAUUCAGUGCAAGGAGAAUCAGAUUCCUUUUGACCAACUGCACGAGACAAGGAACAGCUUAGAGCAUCAACGGCUUAGUGAUUUUGUCUUUGUUCAGUACAACAUGCAACUAAGACAGAUGGUUCAUAAGAACAAAGAGCAUGAGUAUGUGGAUCCUAUAUCAUUUGACAACACUAGCACUGUUGAAGACUGGAUAACAGAGACUGAAAUGUACCUAGAAGACCAUGAAAAUACUGAUUGGAAGGCACUUGAACCGCCCUCUUAUAAUUCAAGGCUUUUAGAACUUUCAGUUGAUGAAGCUGAAGACUUGGGUUCAGGGUUUGAUGAUAACGAGAUUUUCUUAAACGGAUUGCAAUUGGUUAAAGAAGAAGGCAGAACUUAAUGUCCCUAAGCCGAUGGUGCAGAAUUCAUGGACGCAAAUCUUUACGAUUGGUGACCACUUAGCUUCAGUUCCAUCAAAGAAGAAUGCCCCUGUAACAUCCAGAGAUACUCUCUGUUUCAAAAGGCGUUCUUUUUUAGUGGUAUUACUGCAGAAGUUGCUGUCAGCCUGUCACCAUGAUGCUCUUGUGGCAAUAAACAGAACCAGUCUACUUAUUAGAGGUCCAAAUUGGAUACAAGCAAAGCAACUCACUCUCGUUAUGGAUCUUGAUUUUUUGUGGUCAUAAAAGACUCCAGAAAUUAUUUUCACAAUAUUUGCACAUUUGUUUGAGGACGCAAUAUACUUCUCACAAAAUAACAUACAUUUCGUAAAAUUAAAUUAUAAGAAAUUAACAACUGAGUUGUUGCAUGCUUGUGUCCUCAUUCUUUGUUUGCUCCAAGAGCCUCACGGCAUUGUUGGUUUGGGACCUCUGGAGCACUGCCAGUUAGUGGCGAAACUAAAGGGCACGCUGGUGAUAACUGGUAAAAUUAUAACCUCUACAUGCUAUCUGCUUCAUUGGGCAAUUUUG